GCCCUCCACUACCACCCCCAACAAACUACAAAGAUAUACAAACAAACUGGGAAAAGGAAAUGGCAGACCUGUACCAAUAGAAUUAGACUAUGCCGGAAGCUCUUCAAGGAAUUGUUUUAAGUGUGGAAUGUCAGGACAUUAUGCAAAAAACUGUAAAAGCAAAGGAAAGCAAAAACAUACCAAUAUUGAGGAUGAACCUAAUCAGCCACCACAUACCAUAACCAACAAUAGCCUAGAACUAACUCAGGUAGAAAAAAAUUGCGAACGGUUAUUGAAAUUUAACGGCAAAAUCAAUGGUCACUCUGCUUGGAUCCUUCUUGAUAGUGGAGCAUCCCGCAAUUUUAUUGACAAAAAUUUUGCCACCUGGAAUAAACUAACAUUAAAAACCGUUUCUCCCUUAUCACUUGAAUUAGCAGAUGGAAGCAAGGCACAAACGGAUAAGACAUUUAACAUAAAUAAGUUAGAACUAGAUCCUUACUACACUUCCGGGAUAUUAGCACAAGUCUUGAAGCUUCAAUGUUACGAUGCUAUUCUAGGAAAACCAUGGUUAUAUCAUGCCAACCCCAACAUCAAUUGGAGAAAAAAUAUCUUGGUUUUUCAGUAUGGGUCCAAAGUUAUUGAAGUCCAAGCAGACUCCCAGAAAACACCUAAGGAUUCUAGUUGUAACUCGGUAUUCAUAUCCCAGCAACAAUUAGCCAAAGUGCCUAAUAGUGAAGAAAUUUUUACUAUAUAUAUUAGUCAAGAAAGUAAUAAAGACACCAACACCCAACAACCAGAAGUCUAA